AUGUCCCAACACGUGCUUCUCCUCGGUGCCACCGGCCAGACCGGCAAUUCCAUUCUUAAUGGGCUCCUUGAGCAUGGCGGAUAUCGUUUCGUUCUUCAGGAAGUCGCUGCGUUGGUUCGCCCUUUGUCAGCUGAAACCCCGAAGGUGAAGGCCGUGGCCGAACGAGGUGUGAAGAUCAUCUCUGCCGAUAUCACCGGUCCGGUGGAUGAGUUAGCCAGCAUCCUCCGUGACUUCGAUGUUGUGAUCAGUGCCAUCGAUGCCUUGAGCAUGCAUGUUCAGGAGAACCUAGUCACCGCUGCAAAGCAGGCCGGCGUGAAGCGGUUCAUACCGUGUGCAUUCAUCACUGUCUGUCCACCGGGUGGCGUGUUUCGUCUGAGAGAUGAGAAAGAAGCGAUAUACCAGCAUAUCCGCAAGCUCCACCUCCCAUACACUAUCAUCGACGUCGGAUAUUGGCACCAGAUCUCCUUUCCAACUGUCCCAUCCGGACGUGUAGACUACGCCUCCAUGUAUGCGCCCAAUACGACCAUCCAUGCAGGCGGCACCACCCCAAACCUCCUCACCGACCUCCGUGACAUAGGCCCCUUCGUCGCGCGCAUUAUCGCCGACCCCCGCACCCUCAAUCAAUCAGUCUACACAUGGUCCGACGUGCUGACUGAGAUCGAAAUUUUCGACAUGAUGGAGGAGGUGAGCGGCGAAAAGAUAGACCGCACCUACAUGUCCGUGGAGACAAUUGAGACGGCCAUUGUGACCUUCAAAGAGACUCUUGAGAAGGAACCAGAAAACAUACCCACCCGUCUUGCACUGACCAUGUUUCAGUAUUUCUUCAGUAAAGCUAUCCGGGGUGAUAACCAGCCAAAGUAUGCGAAGUACCUGGGUUACUUGGAUGCUAGGGAGUUGUAUCCCGAUUUUGAACCGAGGAGCUUCAGGAGCUUUUUGAAGGAAGCCCUCGAUGGCAAGGCGGAGAAGGUGUAUAAGGACAAUGAGGGUGUUGAACAGUUGAAGAAAUGGUUUUUUGAGUCGGGGUUGCCCCUUUAG